AUGUCAGCCUCACGCGUUGAGAAUGCCUCAGAAGUUGUGGAUAUGGGGGAACAGGUGUGGAUUAAAGUCAUUGGAAGAGAGAUGCGGGAUGAUAAGGUCAAGUUGUCCUUUUCAAUGAAAGCUGUCAAUCAGGGAACCGGGCAGGACUUGGACCCGAACAAUGUCAUGGGAGAGCAGGAUGCAAGGCGACGUAAGCAAUUUAGAGAUCACACAGGCAACAGGAUCACACUGGAAGCUGUUCUCAACACAACAUGCUCCAAGUGCGGCUGCAAGGGUCACUUUACAAAGGACUGUUUCUCUGCUCCGGGCUUGCAGUACGCUCUGUUACCUGAGGAGGACGAUGCAGAGCCACGGCAGCAACAACAGCAGACCUCAUCAGUUGCACCACAGCAGGAGCCAGGCAAAAAGAAGAAGAAAAAGAAGGAGAAGAAAAUGAAGAAGAAGAGAGAGAGGAAGGAGUCACAGGACGGUGGUGGCGGCAGCAGCAGCAGUGACGAAUGGGACUGCUUGCAUUACACACGACCCUCCUUCCUGCAUGUCAACUGUUAA